AUGUCACAUAUUGUUAGACAAGUUUACUAUGUUCCUUAUCCUUCAAUUGUACCAUGUAAACAAGGUUGGUCUAUUGUAAUCAAAACAAAAUCAUUGGGUCAUAUUGAAACUGGCGAUCUAGUGGAAGAUGUUGCUUACCAAGUUGAUGAAGUUGAACAAAUUAAUGAUGUGAUUGCAGUUGAACAAAUUACAAGUUUAUCUGAUACAAUGGUUGAGGGGCAUCAAGUUGAUGUGUCUAUAUUAUUGGAUGAAAAUGAUGUGGAUGACGAGCAUGAAAAGUUUGGAUCCAAGGAUAAUAUUACAUCAGAUGAUAAUAACGAUAUGGAUGAAGAGCAUGAAGAUUUUGAAUAA